AUGGUACCUUCCUUCGAGUUUUUCCGGGCCCACUUGACGUGGGAGUACCUGACGACUGUCGACAAAAAGAGUCUGUACUGGGACGUAACGUUCGUGGCCUUCCCGCCCCCUCUAUAUCGGCUACCGCCAGUACCGGACAGAGCACCGCGGCUCUUCAAGCUCGUGCGCCGCUUUCCCGUUCCCUUGUCCAGCAGGGAUUUCUUCAUGCGUAUGCACCUCGAUGGGCUUGCUGUGAUGGCUCGGCUACACCGAAAAGACAUCUAUGCCCCCUGGUCGGUGAACAGCGAUUUUUGCGGAGCCGCCCAAACUCUGCAGCAUGCCCUCGUCCGCGGCUCCGACGCUUACCUUUUUUGGGACAAGAUGACGAUGUUCCGGCUGAAGGCGGCUUUUGACGUAGAGUGGGCUAACCUUAAGUACCCCGAUCUCGGGGAGAGGGACACCUCGCGUUUGAGGAAACACAGAUGCCGGUCCGCGUCGUCAGUGCUUUCCCUCAAAGACAUCCACAGGUCGCUGGCUCUUGCACACGCUGCUCAUGAAAAGGACGCUGCAGGCAGAAGGCAGUGGGAGGUGUCGCCCGACAGAGUACUUCAAAUCACCAGGUCCUAUCGAAGCAACGAACGUCAAGAUGACGCCAGCGAAACGACAACCGUCUCAGGACGGAGAGUACAUUCCAGGCAAGGCCACGGGGCUUCCCAAGCCUUCCUCAACGAAGCAGCUACUGAUGCAGCAGCCCUGGAUGAAAAGUCCAGGAGCAAAGUGCUCAGCGACAACGACGUGGCCUCUCAUCUUAGGGCAGGCCACCAAGCUCUGUCCGCUCGUGGACUCGAUAGAGGGCACCAGGAGAGGUCAUCAGAAGCUGCGGAUCAAGACAGACGUGGUCAAACGGCUGGGGAUGUGCAAGAUUCGAAGGAUACUAAGAAGGAAGAAUACGGUGCACAAAUUUUCCCCGGGAGGUACCCGCCAUCACGGUACCGCCCGAAGACCUCGCUGAGGCUAGAGGGUGCCCAAGAAUACGUUACGACUAGUUCCGACUACUUUUCUGCCAAGCACGUCGACCAGGCAGCAGCUGGGGCAUUUAAAGACGCUCGUUUGAAGAAGGCAUCGAGUUCCCGAGGUCAGGCGCACCGGCCCAAAACAAGUCUGUGGUUUGAAGGCAAGUCACACUUCUCGACUACGGCCUCGGAUGACUUCAAGGCCUGGGAGCAGACAGAGGCGGUGACCCGGCAUCUUCGGCCCCGAAGGUUCGACGAUCCAAUUUACGAUGUGGAAGUUGCCGAAACUGAGGGUGACUCCAAGAAAAGACGGACAGAAGCUGACGUUACUGAAGCCGCAGAAUCACUUGUAACCAGCCAGGAACCACACAUUGAAACAAGAGAACAGCAAGAGCAGGACCUGUCACACCUGAGUACUCAGAAGAUUGGAAUCGAAGAUGCAGCCAGACUGGAGAUGCAGGAAUAUGGUGUGGCGCCCGAGGACCCUACAAGCCGGAAGAAAUCAACAAGAACAAAAAAGAAAACAGCCGGUUCUAGACCGACUAAAGAAAAAAGGAAAUCAACGCACGGGACAUCAAUGGCAAAUAUGGAAGCAUAUUUUCAUCCGGAUGUACCGAUACCAUUCUACCCCAAGGACAACCUUCGAAUGGCUUCCGGAGAAAUGGAUCUGCAUACCACCAACGAAAUGGAGUACUGCAAGAAGAAAAUGGAGCGCGUGAGGCCCGUAAAGCCUAAAUCAUUGUCCAAAUUGUUCGGAAACAGCAGCGGCUGCAGUUCGGCCGACAGUGACCCAUGCGCUGCUGCCUUGCGGAAAGGAAGGCGGCACUUGCGAGAGAAGGACUCUCACUUCAUCGAAGACGCAGACGACCAUUGGCAAGCAGCUGGGCUGGUUGCGGGUCACAGAGAAACUAGAACUCAGCCAGACAUUGACCAAGUCAUGCAGAAGCGGAGGUUCAAAGGCCGCAGAAAGCCCUACUUCCCAGAAGAGAACUUGAGGUUAGAGGGACCCACCAGCUACAAGACGACCAACAGCGAGGCCUACAAGAACCAUGACACCCGGGGAACGGCAGCGGCGCCACGACGACCGCAGAGCCACGAGGUUUUCCAAAAGUACACGGCGACAGAGGACGAGUUAAGGAGGAUUAAGAAUGGCGACAAGAGCAAGACACAUAUCUCACUUUUUGGCAGGAAAGAUUCCACAGAACUGAUAGCGGAAAUCCAGGGUCUCCUUAGUCCCCAGGGCAAGCGUAAGAAUGAAAAGAAAAGCAAGCCCGGUUCUGAGGUUCAUGAGGAUGCCAGAGCUUCAAAGGCAUCAUUAAAAACGAUUCAAGGACGUGGCAGAGAAAACGCUGCAACAACUGCCACGCAAACGAUUGCUGAAGAGGGUGAAUCUCAGAGAGGCCAUCCACAUUACGAAGCAGGCGAUUCACAUAAGCGUUCAGUUAACAUCGAGAAUUUCAGAAAGCAAAAGAGCAGUUUUGAAAAACGAAUCGAGCAGACGAAAGACUUUACAGCUGAUCUCUCAAAAGUGCUUGAAGAAGGAGCUGAAGAAGGCUUCUUAAAACUGGGCGAUACCCGAUAUGUAAGAGCCACUAAUAAAAACGAUGUCCCACAGCAGGCAGAAAUCACAGAGAGAAGCCAGGCGCAGGUUGAGGAAACUACAGCAGUUAAAGAAUCAGUAAAACAAGUUUUACAGGGGAGGGAAACACUUGGACCGGAAGCUGAGGCUGAAACUCAUGGGCAGGUAUUCGAAAGGCCUGCACCAGUACGACCGGAGACGUCACUUCGAGUUGUGGAUGGUGAGAAUGGCCGGGACUUCACAACGACCACUGCCGAUGCUUUCAAAGACAGUCUUGGAGACUCCUUUCAACCCCGAAAGCCAUACUACCCAAAGCCGAAUAUCACCUCCGAGGGACACAUGACGUUCGAUACCAGCAAUCAGAACGAAUACGCUCCCAAGACAGUGAUUGAAGUACCUGUCCCGGUUCGUCCAGUGUCGACGUUGAAACUGAGCGGAGACAGUUCUUCUUAUGUGGUUAGAAACGAAGACAAAAUUGGCUACUCUAAAGAAGUCCCAUCAUCCGUAGAAGCUCGCUACCCUAUCAGAAAACCAGAAUCGAGCAUAGUUCUCGGUGAAGACACCAUAGACUACCACACCACUUCGCAAGCGGAGUACAAGAAAUGGGAACACGAGCAAAGACGCUACGCAGAGCGAGUAGAAGAAAAUUACAGGAAAACAAAGCGGGACAGGUUCAAAACUUACACACGACCAAAAGGUGCUGACCCUAAAUCGGACAAACAACAUCGGCCGUUCGGUGACGUCUUAACCACAACGCAAGCUGCCUUCAAACCAGUGACGGUCGAACGUCCUCAGCCAUUCAGACCCACGUCUAACCUCAAGAUUCGCAACGAACAGUGUUCCACAGAGAUGUCAACCACGACCAGAGAAACCUUCAAGAAGGUCACUCCGACGGCCAGAGUCAAGCCUAUCAAGAGAGAACCAUGUCUGCGCAAACUUGGCGAGGAUGAUGACCCGAUGCCCAAGACGACCACGUCGGGCGAAGCCUACUGCGAGGUCAAGAUUCCUCCGAAACCCGAGCCCUAUCGGCCUUCGGACAACCUGAAGGUGACCGGAGAAAUGACCUUCUCGACCACCACCCAGGACUCCUUCACCUCACGGAGCCACAGAAAGAACGUCGAAGUCGUCGAGCGGACGAAGCCAGUCAAGAGGGAAGCGGUCGUCAAGGACAUCAUCUUUCCGGCGCCUGAGGCAGUGUCCUCUCCGGGUAGUCGGGGCUCCGGACGUAAGGAUGACUCAGCACAAGUUUUAAGAUCAGUGGAAAACGUAAGAGAACGCGACUCGUUCACGCGGUUGCGGAAGCCAUCCCGCGACAGACCGCAGACCAGCCAGAAGGUGGGGGAGGGUGAGUUCCAUCACGUGACCUCUUCGAUGGCGGAGCAUCAGGACCGGGCUGCCAAGCACUGGAAGUAUUCAAGAGUAGCAGAACUGUCCGGGGCGUCUACGGACGAGUGUCCUGCCGCUUUUCUCAACACGGACAAAUCGGAGUACGUUUUUAAGGAAGUGAUUGGCGAACAUAGGUUUUAUCUGCCUGCAGUGCAGUGAGAGAUAGGCUACCAUAUCUCAAGUAUCCAAUUUUCACCUGACAAAUUAGGAGCAGAUCAGUUUUUCAAUGAACCAACGGAUGAGUGUAAUGGGUAUACCAGCCGAAUUUCAUGGUCUACAAGAAGCGGUGCACAUUUUACAGAUGGAGCAACGUAUCUGUAGAUUACAAGCAGCUGCUUCUUGCUACCGGUUUAACCACCAGGGUCCUUACUAUAGCGGCUACGGUUUCCUUGAAAUAGUUUUAAGUAACCGCUUGGUAGAAGAAUAAAA